GUCUGGCAUAUGUACAUUUCAUCCCCCAAAGGGAAACAACUUGUGGUUAAUUAAGCAAUUGGCAGGAUGUCAUCUGCAGUGGCAAAAGUCCAGCAGAGUGCAUGAAAACGACUUUUUCGGCAGCAGGAGAUUCUUGGAAGGGCUGCAGCAUCUUCCUCUCUCACUUCAUGACAUGCUGUACUCUGCAUAAGCAAGCCAAGAAUCUGCACCCUUCCAUUUUUGCUCUUUCUUUCGUCUGCUCCUAAGGAAUACGGCUUUUGUUUUAUGGAGAGAGCGGGGGAACUGCAACCCAGAAGAGUUUAGCAGAUAUAUUUGGAGGCCUUUUUUUCCUCUGCAUAAGCAAGCUGACUGCCAAACCUGAAUUGCCAGCAGGGAAAGCGACUGAACAGCUAAGCAACUGCUCUGAGUUUCAGCCUGCCUGUGGUGCAGGUUUUUCAAGUCACAAACACCUGCCUGUCGCACACUCUUUCUUUCAUACACGCACACACAUGCAUGCAUAGAGGUGCUGUUUGAGGUUACCGCCUGCACAGGUACUUAAACACUCUUGUAGGAUCUUGGCUGCUUAAAGAAGAGCUGGUUGUUCCCAGCCCACUGUUGCUGUCAAACGUGUCCACAAGAUGUCCACAGAAAAGGCCAUCAAUCCUACAGAGGAGCAGCUGGAGAUCUUGGAGUAUAACUUCAACAAAGUGAACAAGCACCCUGACCCUGCCACCCUUUGCCUCAUAGCCGCUGAGGCAGGGCUAUCUGAGGAAGAGACCCUGAAAUGGUUCAAGAAGCGCCUUGCGGAGUGGAGGAAAUCAGAAGGGCUCCCUUCAGAGUGUGGGUCUGUCAGAGACUGACUUGGACUUUUCUCCUGGAGACAAUCCUGGAAGACUGAUGGCAUUCAGUGAUUAAUUUUGCUGUGGAAUAUGUUACUAUCAAAACUAAUUGUGUCUGUUAUUUAACCUGCUGCCUUAUUUAAAAUGUACAUAACCUAAGGGGAUAAAUAAUUAUAUAAAACCAUAUGUACCAGUUGAAAUGUAUUGUUUUUAAGAAGUUAUGAAGAAAAAGCUCCAAAUCCCACUGACUACAUCUACUAUGGCCACGGCAUGGAUUAUGAUUAAUAAUAUUUUCCUUUGUGGCAAAACUAGUAUAAAUGAGCAGACAGUAGAAAAAAAUAGUAUUCCCGCCCCCCACCGCCCUGUGAUCUCCAAAAAUGAGCUGAGUGCCAGAGCACAGGGAAACAGCAGUGAGGAAAAGUUGGGGCAUAAUCCAACUCCGUUUGCAUAGGCUGUGAUAUAUGCAAAAAGGCAAUCUCCAGGAGCCCAAACUGUACCUUGCCUAAACCCACAUUCAACUCCCAGGACCUGCUGCAAGUGCAGCAAAAUCAUAUGGUGCAUUCCUGCCAGCUAUACCAAAAUGCUAGGAAAAAUCCCUCUGCAUCCUGCAGCGGAGUUUAUGGCACCAAUAUCCCCCAAGAGUGUAAGCUGCAGGUUGCUUGCAGUGAAACAAUGUGAAGUCCUACUGACCACAAUGUACCGGUGCAUCUGAUAAUGACUGGACCCAGAAUGUGCUAGCGCAGCCAGAUUCCUCCUUUUCUCCUCCUACCUGCCCUGGUUCCUAAUCUUAGUUUGCUAGACAUUAGUCCACUAACCUUGGAGUUCCCCUUCUUCUUGGGUGGUGUGGCAUAAAGCACCUAGCAUACAGGUAUAUGGACCCAUGCUACCCAGUCUCCAAUAUAAGGAUUGGGUGAUGCCCAUAGUUCACUGGAUGUCAACAUAGCUAAAUGAAACUUGUGAAUGCUCAUGCCAUGACUGAAUUUUAUUUUAUUCCAAAAGGUAUUCCUCUAAAUUAAAAGGACUACUUUCUGCCAGAUGUGUCAAUAAAAAACACAGAGGUUUUACUCAGA